ACCCAUCAUUAAUAACAAGCACACCAUGUUUUGUUGUCCUGGCUAGCUUCAUUAAAAAACAACGUUGUCUAGUUCUAACCAUGUCUGCGACUCGAAACGGAACUCACGAGAGCUCAGAUGUAUUGUCAACGAGAUCACUCAGUGAAAUAUCAGAGGUUGAAACAGUUCGUUUAAGUGUUGAUCUUGUGUCAGCUUCAAGAAAAAAUCUUGGGUUGUUGAGGACUGUUAGCGAGUCUCCCUGGCUUCAUGAGAGAGCUACUAUUCUUGAAGCUAUAAGAAGGUAUGACGAGCUUUGGAUGCCGUUGAUUUCUGAUCUGAUGGAGGGGUCUUCACCUCCUAUGGUUCUUCCUCCUCUCGAUGUUGAAUGGGUUUGGUUUUGUCACACCUUGAAUCCGGUGAGUUACAGGAAAUACUGUGAGAAAAGGUUCUCAAAACUGAUUGGAAAACCAGCAAUUUUUUAUAAAGAGAACGAAGAGUAUUCAUUGAUGAGAUGUGAAGAGCUUUGGAUGAAAAGAUAUCCAAAUGAGUCUUUUGAGAAUGAAGUUGAUAUUACUUCAUCAAAGUUGCAAGACCUUCAUGUUGCUCAAGAUCACGAGGAUCUACUGAAUGAAGUUGAGAAGCAAAGACAUGUUUAUAGCAAAUUUUCAUGGCCAUACAUGAGUGAGAUUGUUUACUUGAUAGCAGCAAGGCAAAGAUACAAAGGAUUCUUGUAUGUGUUGCAGAGAUUUGCAGAUGAUUGCUCAUCAAGAUUAUUGCCUAGCUUGGAUAUUUUGCUCAUGUGGGUGACACAUCAGAGUUAUCCAACAGUAUAUGCAGAGGAUUUGAAAGAGAUGGAGGGUGAUAUGGGGAAGAUAGUGGGCUUAUGGGAGACUGUAAGAAGUAAAGAGGUGGAAGAGACAAAGAAGCUAUGGGAAAGAGCCUUUGACCAGCCUUAUGUGAAAGCUGGUGGAGCCAUAGAAUUUGGCGGGGUUGCUUCAAUAGUCAAGCCACCAGUGUAUUGGGAGGUCUCAGAUACAGAUGUCAACACCAAAUACAAGUCCCUGCUGCCUAGGUUCCUUCUGGAGGUAUGUGUUUUCGUGAGGCUCAAUUCUAGGACGAAGCCAGUGCAACAGGAAAGACAACAUAAUUUUCUUCGUCUGCAAAUAGUAAGAUGUCACAGGGAGCUGAAGAUUGAUAAACCAAUUUCCAGCUUCUCCUCAGAUACAUGGAAAAAAGUAACACAUCUCUACUGUGAGUUUGGAACCAAAGGACUAAUGCUUGAGGUUCGGAAACAUGGAGGUGGCUGUUUUAAAACAAGCAAAUUGGAAGAUUCUAAAACAUUUCUUUGGAAUGAUUUAUUAAGAGCACCCUCUCUUACGCUGGAAACACAUUUAGAUGAUAAACAAGCGAGGGCUGUUGCUUCAAUAACCCCACCAGCCCAAGCACCAUACUUGCUGAAAUGUGUACCAGACAAAGUCACAGACGAUUCAGGGGCCAUGGUCUCGGAUGUGAUUCUGAGAAUGAACAAUUAUAAGCCUCAAGAAGGUCGGUGGUUGUCUCGCACCGUCCUUGAUCAUGCAGGGAGGGAGUGUUUUGUUGUCCGAAUGAGAGUGGCAGGAGGGUUUUGGAGGAGAGGAGGUGAAAUCCCAUCAGCAGUCAAAUGGGAGGAUAGGAUUAUAGAGAUACGCGAAGGUUCUUGGUCUUAUGUUGCUGGUUCGAUUGGUAGAGCACCUGAGAAAAUAGUAGGAACGGCAACACCAAGAGAACCUCCAGAACAUUGGCAAGCAGCAUGGUGUUUUUCAACAGGAGAUGAAUUGCUGAUAAGUUGGGAAUCAUCAACAUCAAUGUCUGACCUGAAUUUUUGUUUGAGAAACCAAAAAUCUUCUGACUCAUUGGUGAAGUUGUUGAAGGGUAAGAAAAUGCAAUAUCGAGCAAGAAAAAUUAGUUCCAAGAGCAAAGAGCAUGAAAAGCGAGAAAAUACAGAAGAAACUGACGAGGAAGACGAAGACGAGGAAGGGUUUCUGACUCUUGUUCGGUUCACAGAAGAUAAUCCAAUAGGAAGGCCAACAGCUCUUCUAAAUUGGAAGUUAUUGAUAGUUGAACUAUUGCCUGAAGAAGAUGCAGUUUUUGUACUACUUCUAUGCAUUUCAAUACUUCGAAGUAUAUCAGAAAUGAGAAAGGAAGACGUUGGAAGCUUGCUUAUUAGGAGAAGAUUAAAAGAAGCAAAACUUGGAGCUAGAGAUUGGGGUUCUGUGAUACUUCAUCCUUCCUCAUUUUCAUCUACCAUUUCUUCACCUUACCUUCAACCUUGGUACUGGAAUGCAAAAUCAGUGAUCGCACCUGAUGGAGGAGAUAAUGUAACUAAGCAACCGGCUGUGAGUCAUUCACCAGUUGAAGGUGGUGAUAAGCUGUACAAAAAAGGGAUUAUGGCAUGAAAGGAGUUAGAUGACCAAUAACAUUUCUGAUCAGUCUUUUUGUUUACAGAAAUGAAGAGAGCACACAAGACUUGCUAAAAUUCCCCAUAUGCUCUGCAGACUUGUGUAAAGUUUUUAUCCUUAGCAAUCCCAUUUGCUAACAAGGACGGACUCCAUUUGGAGUCCUCCAGGCAUAGCAUGUCCACAAGGCCUAGGGAAGGCUUCUUGGGCACAACCUCAUAUUUCUGGCCAUAUGGCUUUCAGCUGAACACGAUGUUUCAAACAUCUGAACUUCCCUUGUGAUUUUUGUGAGCAAUAUUUCAAUUUUCGAAACAA